GCAAAGCGAAGUAGCGCAACUGCGGGAUGGCGUGCAGAAGUGGUGACGUUGAUCACGUCCGCAGACUGGGGGGACGAGGAAGGAGGGAUAACAGACCCAACAGUCGGAACAGUCACAGAAGUCACAGACAGCGCCAUAGUGAUCGACUAUCUACAUACAGUCAACAUGGAGAAUGCAGUGCAUCAUGGGUACAGGCCAUGGAAGGGGGACUGGGUCAAAGCUGAGACAUCAGAAGAUGGAACGGUCCAUUUAGAGCCAUUAAGGUCGCAGAUACUCACAGGUAAGGUGAGCCAGGUGAGAGGAGACACAGGUGUAGUGGACAGUGAGGUGGUGUUCUGGCCACAGGUGUGUGUGGAUGGGUACGUACCCUCCAGGGGAGACUGGGUGGAGGUGACAGCCAUCGAGAGCUCACAGGGACACUACAACUGGAGGGCCACCAGGGUUACACCAGUCAGGAGACCUCCCAGAGACAGAGGUCCAAGUAAACUGAAGUCUUGGCAGACACAGAAGGUGCAAGAUGGCUGGGUCAUACCAGGACAGAGUCCUUUCAGAAGAAAACCAAUAAGGUUUCCAGUACACCUUCCCCAGUACCCUGUACCAGACAUGCUGAGGAACUGUGUGUUUGAAGGUGGGGAUGUCAAGAAGAUCAUGCCUGUACUGUCCAAGCCCCUGACCAUGACAGACUACUCCCGGCGCUGGUCCUGUCUGCUACACCUGGAGGAGCUACAGAUGGAGAUAGACAUCCACCAGUUUGACAUGAUCAACGAGUCUCUACAGCCGUGUGGUGAGUACCUAUCUCUGACAGUACCCGGGUUAGCAGAGGGUCGUCCUUCUGUACUGAUCGGAGACAAGGUGGUCCUCACUGCACCAGGGGCAGGGGACUGUUCACCCAGCUAUGAGGGAUAUGUGCACGAGGUGUUGAGAGAAGAAGUACUGCUGAAGUUCCACCAGGACUUCCAUACAAGCUAUGACGGAGAACCUUACAAUGUCUUCUUCAUGUUUAACAGGUCCACACUGAGGCGCUGUCACCAGGCUGUCAACUUUGCCCACAACCUGGGGAGUCAGGUGCUGUUCCCAUCCCAGCCCACACUUAGUCCUCCACUGGCUAACUGUCAACUGGACAGGAACAGCACACAGCUGUCAGCUGGGAAGGGGAACCAUUCAGAUGCACAGCAGAGCAAGGGAGGAAGGUCACCUGGUGCUCCUGUACAGCUGUUCAACCCCAGCCUGAACCAGCAGCAGCGAGCAGCUGUCAGCAGGAUCCUGCGAGCUGAGGGGCGCCCUGCACCGUAUGUGCUGUUUGGACCACCUGGUACAGGGAAGACAGUAACCCUAGUAGAAGCCAUCCUGCAGGUGUUCCAUACCCUACCUUACAGCCGGAUCAUAGCCUGUACUCCAUCUAACAGUGCAGCUGAUCUACUGGCAGAGAGACUACACCACAGUGGGCAGGUGAAACAGGCAGACAUGGUCAGACUGAAUGCCUUCCAGAGAGUACAGGAGGUGCCGGAGUCCAUAGAGCGGUACUGUAUGGAUGGAGACCAGCUGGAGCAGGUGUCUCGCAGGCGCAUCAUCGUGGCCACCUGCUCCACGGCAGGCCUGCUGUACUCAAUCGGUCUGCGGGCAGGGCACUUCACUCACGUGUUUGUGGAUGAGGCUGGCCAGGCUACAGAACCUGAGUGCCUGAUUCCAGUGGGCCUUUGUGCAGGGGUACAAUCUCAGGUUGUGCUGGCAGGAGACCCCAUGCAGCUGGGCCCGGUACUGCAGUCCCACCUUGCCAAGGACCUGGGCCUGGGGCAGUCCCUACUGGAGCGCCUGAUGACCCGGGGUCCCUACCUCAGGGACAACAACAAGUUCUCCCAGCAUGGAGCAUAUAACCCUCUUCUGGUGACGAAGUUGGUGUGUAACUACCGUUCCCACCCUGCACUUCUGAAACUGCCGUCAGAACUGUUCUACCACGGUGACCUGUUCACGUUAGCCGACCCCUCACUCACCAGACAGCUGGAGAACUGGGAGGGGCUACCCUGUAAGGGCCGACCAAUCAUAUUCCACGGAACAGAGGGGGAAGACAUGCGGGAGGGGAGCAGCCCAUCAUGGUUCAACCCCGUAGAGGCAGUACAGGUACUGCGCUACACACAGCUGCUGCUAGGGGGCAGUGUCAAUCAGUCUGACCUAGGAAUCAUCACCCCUUACAGAAAACAGGUUGAGAAACUACGACUGCUGCUGGGGUCAGUUGGACUGGACGAGGUCAAGGUGGGGUCAGUGGAGGAGUUCCAGGGACAAGAGAGGCUCAUCAUCAUCAUCUCAACUGUUCGAUCGACGACCAACAUGCUGAAGCAUGACACCCAGCACACCCUGGGCUUCCUCAGUAACCCCAAACGGUUCAACGUGUCCGUCACGCGAGCACAGGCCCUGCUGAUCAUGGUGGGAAACCCCCACGUGCUGGGACAGGACCCUUACUGGCUGUCCAUGUUACAGUACUGUGUUGACCAGGGUGCUUAUACAGGCUGUUCUCUUCCCUCAACUGUGAAAGUGCAGAGUGAAACUAACAGUAGCACAAGUGAUGUCCAGCACACAGAACCAAGCUCCCCACUUCCUACAACAAACAGCCCUUCUUCCAAAGUGACAGAAACACUGACUCUUGAUGUGAAAGACACUAGGAGGUCACAUCUGGAAAGAGAUAGAAAUCUGUGCAGUGACAGUAUUAGCAACCAUAAGGUGGACAUUCGAGAAAGUGGGCGCAGAGAAGACAACAACUUAGCUCUUAGUGAAGAGAAGAUAGAAGCAAAGUUAGGUGGAGGGAAAACGAUAGAAAGAUACGAUAAGAAUACUUCCAAACAACAACCAGUAGCCCUUACAGAAAAUCAAGUCACGGGUGCAAGCAGUGUGAUACCUGGUAACAAGGACUCUGUUGUGGCUGAUAGCAAAGGUGGACAACACGUUGAAAGCAGCGUCAAAGAUGUACAUGUAGAUGUCAGAGAGGAAGAGGAGAAAAGCAGUGGUUGCCUGGUACCAGAACUCCCAAACACAGUCAUCCAAAAUAGAAGCAACAUGCAGGGUUUACUGAACAAUGGGGCACCAAUUUUGUCAGUAGAAACCAUGGAAAAUGGAGGCAUGAAUGCUGAGAGUGUAUCUGACUGUACAGGUCUGACAUGUGAGGCUGUGUGUGACUACAGUAGCAUGCCGUCACUGAGUGAUGGGGAGAGUGACCAACAUGACAGUGAUGUGAUCGUUGAGAGUAGUUACGAGGAAAGUGGUGACGAUUAAUGCUGAUGGUUGUUCUUAAAGAUACAUGUAGUAUUUUAACUUCUUCCUAUAGGGGACCCCAGAAAGUGCGAAAUGGAACGAAAUGGAACGGAAUAUGUAUAGAAGAAAGCCGUUUGUGCAUUGGAACGGCGACGUUAGUGUCCGCUCGACGUCCAAAUGGCAACGUUAAGAUUGAUGGUAUUCUCGGUCGAUCGAUUAGGGUACGUUAAUAAUAAAGUGACCGUAACGUUAUAAGAUGGAUCGGGGUACGUUCAGAAUAAAGUGACCACAACGUUAUAAAGUGGUCACUUUAUUCUCAACGUACCCUAAUCGAUUUUAUAACGCUGCGGUUCUAAGAAUACCAUUAGCACAUCUUAACGUUGCCGUUUGGACGUCCAGCGGACACUAACGUCGCCUUUCCAACGUACUUCAUAUAUAUUUCGUCCCAUUUUGUCCCAUUUCGUUCCAUUUCGUUCCAUUUCGCACUUUCUGUACACCGUCCUAUAGUCAUUGGGCUACCAAGUCACCAAAGUUGCAUUACACACAUCUUUAUUUUUUUAGCACUCCAGAUUUGGUUUUUCCAUCAACAUUUUAAAAAAGUAUUUCUUAGGCCACACCUAUUUAAUUUGUUGCUUCUCGGAUAGCCCUGUCCAUUUUUUUCUGAUUU